AUGUCAGCAGAAGAAGUAAUAAAAUAUAUUUCAAGAAGGAAAUUAUUUACGGAAAAUAAUGAAUAUAAUGAAGGUUAUAUAUUACUAUUUACAAUUGCAUCAUCAAUGAUUUGGAUUAUGGUACCUGGAUUAGCAUUUUUAUAUUCUGGUUUAGCAAGAAGAAAAUCUGCUUUAUCAAUGAUUUGGAUUGUUAUAAUGUCAUCAUUUGUUGGGAUUUUCCAAUGGUAUUUUUGGGGUUAUUCAUUAGCUUUUAGUGAUACUUCUAAUAAUUCAUUUAUUGGUGAUUUACAUUUUUUCGGAUUUAAAAAUUUAUUAGGUGCCAGUGAUGAUAAAACAACUUAUCCUGAUAUAGCAUAUUCUUUAUUUCAAUUACAAUUUUUAUUAGUGACAUUAGCAAUUAUAGCUGGUGGUUGUAUUGCUGAAAGAGGAAGAUUUUUACCAGCAUUAGUAUUUAUGUUUUGUUGGGCAACAAUUGUUUAUUGUCCUGUAGUUUAUUGGAUUUGGGGUGGUGGUUGGGCUCUGUCAUAUAAAUCAGGAGCUUUAGAUUAUGCUGGAGGUGGUCCAGUGGAAAUUUUAUCUGGUAUGUCAGCAUUUGUUUAUUCAGCAUUUUUGGGGAGAAGAAAUGAAACUUUAAUGAUUAAUUAUCGUCCUCAUAAUAUUUCAACAAUUUUCUUGGGUACUUCAUUAUUAUAUGUUGGUUGGUUAUUUUUCAAUGGAUUUUCUUGUGGGAAUCCUUCACUUAAAGUAGCUUAUUCUAUGAUGAAUACUCAUUUAUGUGGUGCUUUUGGAGCUAUAUCUUGGUGUUUAUUGGAUUUCCGUUUAGAAAAUAAAUGGUCAAUGGUAGCAGUUUGUUCUGGAUGUAUUUCUGGGUUAGUGGCGGCAACUCCUUCUUCAGGGAUGAUUCCAUUAUGGGCAUCAGUAAUAUUAGGUAUAACUGCAGGGAUAGUUUGUAAUUUGUCGACUAAAAUCAAAUAUUUAUUACGUGUUGAUGAUUCAUUGGAUGUAUGGGCUGAGCACGGUAUGGCAGGAGUUGUUGGAUUAAUUUUCAAUGCAUUAUUUGGUUCAGCUACAGUUAUUGGUUAUGAUGGAAUCACUGAUCAUGAAGGUGGUUGGAUUGAUCAUAAUUGGAAACAAUUAUAUAUUCAAAUUGUUUAUAUUUUGGCCACAAUGGCUUAUUCUGGUGUCGUUACUGCCAUAUUAUGUUUUGUCAUUAAUAAAAUCCCGGGAUUACAUCUUAGAAUUGAUUAUAAUGGAGAGGAAGCUGGAGUUGAUGAAGAUCAAAUUGGUGAAUUUGCUUAUGAUUAUGUUGAAGUUAGAAGAGACUUUUUAGAUUGGGGGAUUCCAACUGUUAAUCCUACUUAUCAAAACCUGAUUAAUGAUCAACAACAACAACAACAAAUAUCAGAAGAAGCACAACAACAAAAAAAAGCAGCUGGUUUAGCUGGAAUUGACGAAACCGAAGAAAAUCAGUUUGAAGGAAUAAAAAUUAAAAGAGAAACUCAAAUAAUUGAUGGUUCACCUCAUAGUAAUUCUGAUUCUACAUCAAAUACAAGUAUACAAGAGAAACAUGAACCAGUGGAAUAUCGCCCGAAUUGA